AAGCCUGGGCGAAUGGUAGCACAGGUCGAUCAUUUCCAGUUCAGCAAUAGAGAAACGACAAGCACAAAAUCUGGUUGGGAACGUGCAUCAGAAACCGGUGAUUAGAAGUUGUUACUGGGUGUAAAAGUCCCGUUGGGUUGGUGAAUUUCCUUUGUGCGUGUGUUAGAUUGAAGCAACAAAACUCGUAAAAACAGUACAACAAUGAAGCUAUUAACGCAAUCGGCCCUGGUGGUCGUACUGGCCGUGUUGGCCUGUUCGGCGGAGGAAAAGAAGGAAAAGGAUAAGGAUAUCGGCACGGUGGUCGGUAUCGAUCUCGGCACCACGUACUCCUGCGUCGGUGUGUACAAGAACGGACGCGUAGAAAUCAUUGCCAACGAUCAGGGUAACCGUAUUACGCCCUCGUACGUGGCAUUUACCGCCGAUGGCGAGCGUCUCAUCGGUGAUGCCGCCAAGAAUCAGCUGACGACGAACCCCGAAAACACCGUGUUCGAUGCGAAGCGUUUGAUUGGCCGUGAGUUCACGGAUCAUACCGUCCAGCACGACAUCAAGCUGUUGCCGUUCAAGGUGAUUGAGAAGAACUCGAAGCCACACAUCAAGGUGUCCACCGGGCAGGGCGAUAAGGUGUUCGCACCGGAGGAAAUCUCCGCCAUGGUGCUGGGCAAGAUGAAGGAAACGGCCGAAGCGUAUCUGGGCAAGAAGGUUACGCACGCCGUCGUCACGGUACCGGCCUACUUUAACGAUGCUCAGCGUCAGGCGACGAAGGAUGCCGGAACGAUCGCUGGCCUGGUGGUGAUGCGCAUCAUCAACGAACCGACCGCUGCCGCUAUUGCAUACGGGCUGGACAAGAAGGAUGGCGAGAAGAACGUGCUCGUGUUCGAUCUGGGCGGUGGUACCUUCGACGUGUCGCUGCUGACCAUUGACAACGGUGUGUUCGAGGUGGUGGCCACCAACGGUGACACGCAUCUGGGCGGCGAGGACUUUGAUCAGCGCGUGAUGGACCACUUCAUCAAGAUGUACAAGAAGAAGAAGGGCAAGGACAUUCGCAAGGACAACCGUGCGGUACAGAAGCUGCGUCGUGAGGUGGAGAAGGCGAAGCGUGCGCUGUCGGCCAGCCACCAGGUGCGCAUUGAAAUCGAAUCGUUCUUCGAGGGCGAUGACUUCAGCGAGACGCUGACCCGUGCCAAGUUCGAGGAGCUGAACAUGGACCUGUUCCGGUCGACGAUGAAGCCGGUGCACAAGGUGCUGGAGGAUGCCGACAUGACCAAGAACGAUGUGGACGAGAUUGUGCUGGUCGGUGGUUCGACCCGUAUCCCGAAGGUGCAGCAGCUGGUGAAGGAGUUCUUCAACGGCAAGGAACCGUCCCGCGGUAUUAACCCCGACGAGGCCGUCGCCUACGGUGCCGCCGUACAGGCCGGCGUGCUUUCGGGCGAACAGGACACGGAUGCGAUCGUGCUGCUCGACGUCAACCCGCUCACGAUGGGCAUUGAGACGGUCGGCGGUGUGAUGACGAAGCUGAUCCCGCGCAACACCGUCAUCCCGACGAAGAAGUCGCAAAUCUUCUCGACCGCCUCGGACAACCAGCACACCGUCACGAUCCAGGUGUACGAGGGCGAGCGUCCGAUGACCAAGGACAACCAUCUGCUCGGCAAGUUCGAUCUGACCGGUAUUCCACCGGCACCGCGCGGCAUCCCGCAGAUUGAGGUGUCGUUCGAGAUCGACGCGAACGGUAUUCUGCAGGUGUCGGCCGAGGAUAAGGGUACGGGCAACCGGGAAAAGAUCGUCAUCACCAACGACCAGAACCGUCUGACGCCGGACGACAUCGAGCGGAUGAUUAAGGAUGCGGAGCGGUUCGCGGACGACGACAAGAAGCUGAAGGAGCGCGUCGAGGCCCGCAACGAGCUGGAAAGCUACGCGUACAGCCUGAAGAACCAGCUCAGCUCGAAGGAUAAGCUCGGCGCGAGCGUGUCCGACGACGAUAAGGCCAAGAUGGAGGAAGCGAUCGACGAGAAGAUCAAGUGGCUGGACGAGAACCAGGACACCGAAGCGGAGGAGUACAAGAAGCAGAAGAAGGAGCUGGAGGACAUUGUGCAGCCGAUCAUUGCCAAGCUGUACGCGAGCAGUGGCGGUGCGCCACCACCGACGGCCGGCGGUGACGAUGACGACGAGCUGAAGGAUGAGCUGUAAGUGAUGGACCUCGUCAACGACACACUCACACAAACAAAGCAUUUUCUUCCCGUUGGAAGGAAAGUGCAAAUUCAAAUCGCCUUUCAUCCAUUGUCGUCCUUUUGAACGGUCGAACCACCACAAGUAGUCAACACACACACACACACACCUCACGUCAUUAACCCAACCCCACGCGUGAUUGUGGAGGGCGCAGUGCGUACAACCACCGCGAGGGGGGGAAAAGGAAAGCAGGAGCGAGCGUGGUGGUGUGUGGGGUAACGAUUUCUCGGAGUCUCAUCUUAUUUUCUAGAUGAGUGAUACUCGUUCCAUCCUUCCCCCCGCCCCCCAUCAAAAGAAAAGCAAGAAACAGCAAGAGCCAGAGCGAAGGAGUUUUAGUAGUAAUGAUGAUGGUUGCGCGAGAUUUUUUGUUUGUUUAAUUGUUUUUGUUUGUUUGACAAAUACUAUUAUGUGUCCGUGAAGCAUUUGCGCUGCGCGUUGUAGAUCGAUUUUGCACGUCCUUUACGUUUUAAUUUAUUGAGCGAGCAGAGUGCAGAGGAGGACAUCCCCCACACCUUUGCCUUUGCGGGCAAACAAGCGAACUGUGAGAAGAAUUAGGAGGGGGAGGAGGGUGUGUGUUUUCCGAGGAGGAGGAUGGUCUUCCGGCUGUCCAUAGAGAGAGAAACGGAGGCGUUAGUUCUAAAUCGUCGUUCCAUUCGUGCAAACCGUAGGGGUAGAAUUGCUGCUGCGCCACCUCCUCUCACCAGGGAGCGAGAAAUGAUGCAAACGAAACAGAAAAACAGAAACCUUCCACUCAUUCUCAGCAACCCGCUUUUAAAAUUGGCGCUCAUUCUUCGCCCGGCCGAUAGAUGGCGCUAGCUGCUUUUGGGAAGAAAAGCGGAAAAGUUCGUCUCGUUUUAUCCAUUCCCCCCAUCACCGCUCGAGAGAGAGACUUUCAUUAUUGUGUUUAAUAUUUAAAGUAAAUUGUACCUUCCACACACCUCCCUCUCUCUCUAUUGCCACAAAUAGUAAGAAGUCGAGCAUAGAGCAUGUAGAAAAGCGGAGUAAAACAACAGCUAAACGUAGAGGGUAACAAUUAGUGUGAUUUCUUCAGGAUUCGCGGGAUUAGUUUCGAAGAUCUAACGUUUGGUAUAACGCGCACGUUCCUUCAUUCAGAUUAGAGCCAGCAGCAGCAGCAGCAGCAGGUAGUGCGCGCCUGUACACAACAGUUCCGUUUCAGUUCGUUUCAUUGUUUCUCAUCCAUCGACUGAACUUAAAUAUGUAAGGAAGAGAAAGAAUAAAAACAGAAACAAAAAACUACAGAA